GACAGUUUGUACAGGAGUGAAGGGAGAAGCAUUAGAUUCAGAAGCAGUGGAAAGAAAGAGAAAAUGGGAGCCGUUGGAAACGGCUUCCUUCAAGCUCCAAUCUUCACGCAUAAACCUGAAAUUUAUGGUCCAUCAUCGAACAACAGAAACCCUAGCAACAAAUCUUUGUGGACUAGGAUAACGGUUUCCUCGAAACCGAGUAAAAUAUCAUGUAAACUGUCUGAGAGUGGCGUCGAAGUGGAAGGGAAGAACCCUACCAGCAAAGGGGUCUCAAGCUCCAGAAGCAGGAUGGAAGAGUAUAACAUCACCAUGAAUAGGAUGAUGAGAAACCCGUACGAGUAUCACCAUGAUCUUGGCAUGAAUUACACUUUGAUAACUGAUCAUCUAAUUGUGGGAUCCCAGCCCCAGAAACCUGAAGACAUGGAUCAUCUGAAAGAGGAAGAAAAGGUCGCCUACAUUCUUAACUUGCAGCAGGACAGUGACAUUGAAUAUUGGGGAAUAGAUUUGGAAUCCAUGGUAGAAAGAUGUCAAGAACUAGGAAUUCGUCACAUGAGAAGGCCUGCAAGAGAUUUUGAUCCAGAUUCCUUGAGAAGUAUGUUGCCUAAAGCUGUCUCAUCUUUGGAAUGGGCCAUUUCAGAGGGAAAAGGAAAAGUGUACGUGCAUUGUACAGCAGGAUUGGGGAGAGCUCCUGCUGUUGCAAUUGCUUACAUGUUCUGGUUUUGCGGCAUGGAUCUUAACAUGGCAUACAAGACACUUACUUCUAAGAGACCAUGUGGUCCCAAUAAAAGAGCAAUACGCGGAGCUACUUAUGAUUUGGCUAAGAACGAUCCUUGGAAGGAGCCUUUUGAGAGUCUUUCAGAACAUGCUUUUGAGGGGAUAUCUGAUUGGGAAAGGAAAUUGAUUCAGGACCGUGUCCGCUCCCUUCGUGGGAGUUAGGCAUAUACUGGCCUUCAACAGGGCAUUAAAAAAGCCUUAACUGUGGAACUCCCCUCUCUUUGGUUAAAUAUUUGUGCAACAUACCUAGCAGCAGGGUAAUUGAUCCCCACAUUGCUAUUUCCUUCAUCCUUCCAUAGAAGGACAUGGAGGAAAAUAUGAUAUGGGAAGAACAAAAGAAAUGGCAGAUAGGACUUCAGGUUUCAACAUCAUCGAGGGUUCCAGUAGAGUGAUGAAUCUGGGAAAGCUUUGCAAACUUGUUAAGGACCAGAGCAAUGGUAUGUUACCGUGCUCAAAGUUGAAGGCUUCCAAGAUGCUGCUACUGUCAUCCAAUUAUAAACAUACAAACCUAAUUUUCAGAAGAGAAUAACUGUACUAAGCACAUCUAAGCACUGUGGCCAGUGCAAUUAAUAAUAUGAGAAAUAACUUCUGUUA